ACCUACACCCUACAAUAUGCUCACCGGCAUUUACCACCGCCACAGCCACACAACCGACCGUGCACGGCGUCCUUACUGUUCGUCAGCGAGCUCGUAGCGCGCGUGUGAUAGCAUGCCAGCCUCGAUGGGUAGCAAAGCAGACAACAAUUACUCCAUGAACGCGAUGACGGCCGGCGAGCAGGCCGCUCUUCCAAUGGUGAAGUCUCUGCUAUCAAGAUUGCGGAUACCAGGCACCAAGGCAGUGAAGCAUGACGUCAAAGCGGUUGUUGCGGACAGCACGGCGGGCAAGCAAUCGGACCAGGAACUCGGCGGUCGGUGGGCAGCCAGCCCCUUCGCACUCGGCCAAGGCCUGCCGCCCGCCGAACAAUGCACGUCGGGCUCCACGCCAACCCCCGCGCCGGCCGCGCGAGCUCCCAGCCUCUCCGCCUUUUCCACGCCUCAGCCCCAGAACGCCGGCAACCACCCCACCGCCCAGCGAGCCGGCGGCGGCGCACCCGGCGCAGUCGCAACCCCCACACCUACCACCGCCGUGCCGCGGUUCCAUGACCAGCAACAAUACCUGGCUGCAGCGCAAGAGGCGCAGCAGCAGCAACGGCGACCACCGCCGCUGCAGCUGCAGCCAUGUGUGGGCGGUGCUGGCGCUGGAGGGGCCUGUGGCGUGCCGCUGGCUGCGCACGCCAGCAUGGACGCGCCGCUGCCGCAGCAGCACAGCUGGGGCAGCCCGCGCUCCUCCGACAUGCAGAGAAGCGUCAGCAGCAGCGACACGGUGGCGGCGCUGAUGCAGGAGGCGCAGGCCCUGCAGAGCGGCGGCGGCGCGGCGGGCAGUGCACAUGGCCGCUCGUCCGGCGGCGGCCGACCCUCCGGCGUGCCGCCUCUCAACCUGGCUCGAGUUGGCAUCGCAUCGGCUGCUGCCGCCGCCGCCCCGCCAGCGGCGCCCCACCACGACCGUGCCGCCGCCGGGCCCGGGGGCGCCGGCGCAGCCGCGGGCGCCGACAGUCACUCGGCCCUGCAGGCGGGUGUGGCGGAGCUGGAGCAGGAGUUGGCGGGCUGGGCGGCGGCGCCUCAGUGGCAGCCCUCCAGCCAGGGGCGCUGGUACGUGUACCCGCCCAUCGGCCGCAAGGAUGUGGCCCCGGUGGAGGCGCUGGUGUCCACGCUCACGCCCGCCCAGGCCGCGGAGGUGGCGGUGCUGUGGCGCCAGUACGCAGCAGCCAGGUACUCUGCAGAGCUGAUGGCGGGCCGCGCGGUGCGGCUGUGUCGCGAGCUGACCCGCGAGCUGGCCAACAGCCGCGCCCACACCGGACACGUCGCGGAGCAGGGCGCUGAGCAUGCCGAGAAGCUUGGCCAGACGAUCAAAUCCCUGCAGCAGCAACUGGAUGAGGCGCGCCACGCCGCCGCCGCAGCAGCAGCGGCGGCGCCUGCCAUGCACGGCAACAGCAGCGCACACACGUGCAGCAGCUGCCGCCAGCCGCAGGCUCAGCAACAACAGCCCCAGCCCGCGCAAUCCGCAUCCGCCGCACCCGCAGCGCCUGCGGCGGCUGUGAACGAUUACCUCGCCAGCCCCACCCGCCACCAUGCCUCGGCGGCGAUGGCAAUGGCGGCGCCCGCCAUAGGCGCUGGCUUGACGCCCGUCGGCGCGCUGCGCGUGCCUGUGCCGGCCCCGGCGCGGCCGCAGCUGGAGGUGAGCGCCUGCAAGGCCGCUGCGCGGCAGCAGGGCAACGGCGCGACGCGCGGCUCUAUGGCGGCUGCGGCUGUGGGGCUGCUGGACACAGAUGACGGUUACAGCUACAGCAGCUGCAGCAGCAGUCCCGGCCGCCCCGAGGACCUCGCUGCCCGGCUGCACACUCAGCACACUCAGCACGCGCAGCAGCAGGGGCAGCAGCGGGCUGCCGCGGGGCCUGGCGGCGCCGAGGCGCUGCGUGCACUCGCACAGGAGAAUGAGGAGUUGCUGGACCAGCUGGAGCAUAUGCGGGGUCUCUUCCUAGAGGCCCACGCUGACGGCCGCGCGCUCCGUGAGGCUCUGGAGGACGUGGACGCCGAGUGCGCGGCGCUUCGACAGCACGGCAGCGGCCUCGGCCGCCAGGCGGCGGCGGUGCUGGCGGAGAACACGAGCCUGCGCGUGGAGGUGGAGGGUCUGCGGGCUGCACUGCUGGCCUCACAGCAACAGCAGCAACGCCAGCAGCAGCAGCAACACCAACAACUGCAUGUUGGGGUGGCGGGAGCGAUGGGGCCGGGGCAGGCACAGCAGCCGGUGGCGCCUCUGCACGGCCCCCACGCGCCGGCGCACAUCCCCAGGCCCCCGCCGGGAUCCGCUGCCGCCUCCGGCACCACCUCUCGCACGCCCCUCGCCACUGCAGCGGCGGCUGCUGGCGGCAGCGGAGGCACGCCCCUAACGGCACCGCGGCCGCCAGUGGCUGGCAUGGCCUCGGCAGCCGCAUAUGCUGCGGGUGUCGCCACCAACACCUGGACACCGCCACCGGUCAUUGGCCUCGCAGUUCCGUCCACGGCAGCGCCAGGCACGGGCGCCGGUCCCCACAGCGGCCGCCGCACCGCAGUGCUCCGCACCGCCGCAACUGAGCCGCGGUCCCUGGCGCCCCAGCAACAAGAGCAGCUGCAGCGCCCGGCAGCACAGCCAUACUUUGAAUCGCGCCUGGGGGGAGGCGGCAGCAGCAGCAGCAGUGGCGGCGGUGGCAUUUCGGAUGCAGGGGCAGGGCAAGUGGCGCGGACCCUGGCGCACGCGCUGGAGACGGAGGGCGCGGUCGCCGUGGUCCACGCGGUACCUGCGGUGGCCUCGAGCAGCGGCGUGGGCAGCUUGCAGGUCAGGGCGCUCUCACGCAGCGGCUCUGCAUCCGCACUGGCCGCGGCGCCGCUGCCGCACCAGCAUCACCAGCAGUCAUAUGUGCAGCAGCGGCAGCAGCAGGCGGCUGAACAGGGGCGGAACCAGCAGCAGCAGCAGCUGCUGCUGCACGAGCUUGCCUGGUGAGCUGCCGGCCUGGUGACAGGAGGCUGUGGAGGUGAGGGGCCAGGCACCCCGCCGUCCCAGUCCACCAGAGAGUGGAAGUGCGCUUGGUGUGUGUGCGCGUGGCAUUGCUCACUUCACAUUACCCACCGCCCGUCACGACGCUUGCUCGUGAAAGACUUGGGGUGGUACGAAAGGAGGGUUUCUCGUGCAGACACAACUCUUCCUCGUGAAGAGCUCAUCCUCGUAGUAUAUUCAUUACUUACUUAGGGGGCAAGACCCGUGCGCCAAAUGGGCAGAGCCAUGUGCACCCCAUCUGGUUGCUGUCAUUCGCGUGUUGGUUACUUGGCUGGCGACCAGGAUGCCGCCAGGGGUGUUGGUUUUGCUUGGGAGGCCCCACACGCCGCAUAGGCGUCUCCACGGGUAUAGUGCGUGCGAUAGGAAUUCGUGAGACCAUACAUAAGUUUGUCCUUUCGGUGGAUUACUGGUCAGGAUCCCCCAAGGCCGCACAGGCCUCCGUUGUGACGCGCACGCCAUGUUUUUGACAUUAUGAUUCAUAAAGGAGUUAGCAAUCGCUGGCGCGAACAAGAAACAAGUUGAUACCCUGCCAACAUGAAGGUUGGUAGCUGCACCUGCCGCAAGGAGUCGGGGGACUGACAACGCGACAUGCCGGCUCCGGAUUGGCCCAGGGCUCUCGUACCCGAUUGCGGUGGGUCGCAUAGAAGAUUUCAUGUGUAUCCUCUCUUAUUUAGCACUGCUUGUAAUAGUAUUUUGCA